AUGAAGUUCUCUGCAGUUUUCGCACUCCUCCUCUCUGCAUACGCUUCAGCCCAAACUGCAAGCUAUGACUUCACUUACGACAACGGUGGAAGUUCUUUGACCUCUGUGGCCUGUUCUGACGGUCCCAACGGACUCAUCACUCGUGGAUACUCCACCUUUGGUUCCCUACCUGGCUUCCCAAGGAUCGGAGGUGUUCCAGCCGUGACUGGAUGGAACUCUCCCGCCUGCGGAAGCUGCUGGGAGCUCACUUAUACCCCUCCUAACGGCGCCAAGAGGUCCAUUAAUAUUAUUGCGGUCGACGUUGGCCGGGGUGGUUUCAACCUCGCCCACGCCGCUCUCAACGACCUCACUAACGGCCAAGCCACUCAGCUUGGUCGCGUGAACGUCGCCGCUAGGCAGGUUGCCCCCUCUGCAUGUGGCCUCUGGUUCUGCGAUGUAGACAUUUGA